AUGGAUACUCACAGAAACAGUUCUCCAGGGCAAAACAUAGAUCGAUUUAUUCCGAAUAGGUCUGCCAUGGACCUGGGAUUCGCUCACUGCAUGCUGACUCAACCAAAUAAAGGCGAACCUGCAGAUUUUGGAUCCUCUUGGCUGCAAAAUUCCAAGGCUCGACAAGUUUACAAGAGACAGUUGGCUGAGGCUCCUGGCGUGAACCGAACCAGAAUACUUGCCUUCAGACAACCCAUCGACCUCGAACCAUCCUCUCCAAUGCCAAUCCUCCGACCAUUUACGAAACAUUCCUCAGGUGGAAACCAGAACAUGAUAAAUGGGGUCAUAAUAAUUGAUGGUUUUAUUGUUAAAACCGUCAACUAUUCCCACAAAUAUUUGUCUCUUUUAUAUUUGGUGAAACCUCACAAGAUGUCAGAGGCUCCUUUCACACCCGAUGUAUACUUGAAUACACUGGAUUGGAGCAGCAGAAACGUCUUGUGUUUUGCCGUUGAAGAUUGGGUAUAUACAUGGAAUCCAUUAGAUGACUCUUUUUCAAUAGUCGCCGAAUUCCAUCUUCGGCAAUGGGGUGGUUUGUUCAAUUCCCAUGUACAGAUAUGGGAUGCUACUACAUCAAAGCGGCUGAGAAUGUUCACACGUGGGCAUCGAUGUCGAGUAGGCGUACUACCAUGGAACAACGAUCAAACCCUAACAACAGGAGGAGCAGACACUUAUAUUGUAAACCACGACAUUCCAAUCCCAUCCCACAUUGUGGAAACCUAUAGCGGCCAUUUCAGGGAAGUCUGUGGCUUGAAAUGGUCCGAGUCAGGACAACGCUUAGCCAGCAAAUGCAAAGACACCAAUUUUUGCUGCUAUCCAAACGUGCCCUUAGUUCACAUAUGUGACAGAUCUAUGGCUUCAUCAACCACCACCACCAACAACAACAAUACCCAGUGGCUUCACAGAUUUGCAGGCCACAGAGGAAGCGUUAAGGCACUUGCUUGUUGUCCAUUCCGGGUUAAUUUGUUAGCUUCCGGCGGACACGACGACGAUAAGUUCAUUAAGCUUUGGGAUAUUGGCAGUGGUGCUUGUGUGGAAUCUGCUAAUGCAGGAUCACAAGUGAGUGGUCUUUUAUGGAACAAGGAAGAGACUGAGUUGUUGAGCUCCCAUGGAGUUCCGUACAAUGACCUCAUACUUUGGAAGUUCCCUUCCAUUAAGAAGAUGGCGAAGCUUAGUAGUCAUAGAGGUAGCAUGGCGGAUAGCCCAAAUGGCUGCACUGUGGCAUCUGCAGCGCUUAAUGACGCGAUGCGUAUUUGGUAUGUGUUUGGAGACUCAUCAAGGAUGGCUAAACCAGCUGCUCCCAAUAUGCCUGCCUCUGAUUAG